AUGGCUCCAGUGACCGUGCUCAUCAUCGGCUGUGGCGUUGCAGGCCCAGUUCUCGCCGUCCUCCUGAAAAGAAAAGGAUACACUCCGAUUGUGUUUGAGAAAGUGAAGCAGUUGGGCGAUGUUGGCGCAUCUCUAAUGCUGAUGCCAAAUGGAUUGAAAGUGUUGGACUUGGUCGGCCUCACAGCAGAGAUCGAGCGAGAAUCUCUCCCACUAGAGGGAUUUCUCGACUGCGCCACCGACGGGGAAGUGCUGGGUUUCUCAGCAGAGCCCAAGUCGUUCAAGGAGAAAUACGGGCAACAUGCCAUGGGAGUCAAGCGCACUGGACUGAACCUGAAGCUCAAGGACAUGUUGAUUGACAUGGGCAUCGAUCUGCGCGAAGGUUGGGAACUGGAGGACAUUGAAGAAAUCGAGGACACCGUCACAGCUCAUUUCACGGGUGGGCGGAGCGUAACAGGUUCCAUCCUCAUCGGCUGUGAUGGCAUCAAGGCUGCUUCCAGAAGAAUCCUCCUGAAAAAUAAAGGGACCACGGAGGGACUACCCUUGUUCAGUGGACUCACUCAGACCGCCGGGCUCUCUUCAACACCGCAGGCAAUGAAAGGCAAACCAUACAUGCAGAACUUCUAUGGUGAAGGAGUCCACAUGAUCACAUACCCUAUCUCGCCCGACGUCACAUCCUGGGCUUUGACACUGCCCGAAGAGACCGGUUCCGAGGCUUCUUGGGGACUGAUCACGGCAGACGAGAUGGACGAGAGGAAGCGUAAAUUGCUAGCUCACCUUGAGCAUUGGCAGGACAAGUCACCCGCCGAGCUGAUUCAAUCCGCCGCUCGAAUGAUCAAAUUUGGGCUGUUUGAUCGUGAUGAGAUGACGCCUGAUCAGUGGCAUACUAGGCGCAUUGUGCUUGUGGGAGACGCUGCACAUCCCACAAGCCCGCAUCUCGGGCAGGGUGCCAACCAGGCAUUGGAGGACUGCUACCACCUCAGCAAUGCCCUGCCAGAUCUAGAUCCGGUAGCAGACGACAACCAUCCAGCUCUUGAUGGGCUGAAAGAGCGCCUCCAAGCAAUAUUCAAGGCAUUCGCAGAAAAGAGACAACCACGGACGUCGGCCUUGGUCCAAGGGGCACGAACCCAGGGCCAGAUGAGAGUGGUGACGGCGGGACCGCACGCGUGCAAGGAACGGAACAAGAAGGUCGCAUCUGCAUGGCAGGACGCUGUUGCGGUAUCAGCCAAGUACGAGGGUCUUUGUCGAGAGCCAUUCCAAGUGGCAGCUUGA